AUAGACAUAGCUAACGAAGGCAAGUCCAUAAGGAUCCUCAGCACAUGGGUCAAUGGCACAAAUGAACAGGACAUAUGUUCCCCGAUUCUUGACAAAAUCGAAAACACCCUCCAAAGAUGGGAGAAAUGGCGCCCUACAAUAGAAGGACGGAAGAUUAUCAUUCAGCGAACUGUAGGAAGCAUGUCCCUAUACCUAGCAACAGCCCAAGGGAUGCCUAAAGAAAUCGAAGACCUACUCAUAAAAAGAUCUCGCAAAUUUGCGUGGGACAGCAAAGGCAAUAACUCUGCCAGUAUAAAUAUCCUGUAUGCACCAGUCAAAGAAGGA